ACCCCGGCGCCCCAACUGACUUGGAUGUCAACGUUGGUUACAAUUACCUAACGGCCUCCUGGAAUUACACAUCCAACUGCACUUCACCACGGCAAACACAAUUUCUCCUGACGCCCUACGAUGAACUUGGCCAAAAAACCGGCAGACAAAUGAUUACAGAAUCCAGUACGAAAGACAUUGCGGUUCUGCAAUUUCGGAAGUGUAAGGAAGUAUCCCUCGGCGUGCGUCCACUCAUGGGAAGUGAAGUGAGGAAGCGAUUUAGAAUUCCAG